AUGGAUCCACUAAAAGGCAAAAUAACACCAUUUCAACGGCUUUGGCAUCAAUGGAAAUCCCUUAGAAAUGUACCCUUCAGAAAAAAAUGGUUUGUGGGUUAUGAUCUUGAUGCAAAUACAUAUUGGGAAUUUUCAAAUGCAAAUAAUCCAGUAGGAAGAUUAAGAAGGAUAGUUGAAUAUCAUGAAAAGGGGAAAAACUUCACAGACUAUAAAAUCCCACCAAGAUGGAUUCAAUGGUUAAGACAUACAAGAUAUGAUUACCCAAGUUUACAAACUUUAAUUGCAGAAGAACAAAGACAAGAAGCAAUGAAAAUAUUAGCUUCUAGGGCUGAUGAAAGAUGGAAACAAGAAUCCGUAUUGGAAGAAAAUAAAAGAAUAUUGAAUGAAAGAGUUAGAAGUGCCAAUCAAGCUAUUGGAAGAUCUCCAGAUGAACAGUUUGAACAGAAUACUAAUGAAAGACAACAAAAUCUACUACGUGUUGAAGAAGAAUCACCAAUCGAGUCUGCAAAUAUUCAACCAAGAAGGUAA